AUGAUUUAAACUUAAGCUAAGCAAUCUUCAAGUCGUUACAGUACAAAGCAGCUCUAAUCUUACAUAAAGAGCCUAGACAGUUUUGGUAUUCCAGUGUCCUUAACAUUCAAGAAUGAUCCUCAUCUUAAGUCAUUUGUUGGAGGAUCAAUGACUAUUCUAAGCAGAAUAGGAGUAUUCGUAUAUCUCGCAUUGUAGAUGAUUUCAGUCUUUUCUAAAACUGCUACUAUUUAGGCAUCAUUCUAUAGAAGAGACUUAAUAAAGGAUUCAACUGAGUAUGACUUAACUUUGAAGGACUUCGAUUAUGGAGUGAGACUAGAGUAUGUAUUUUAUGAACGUGAACCUUAAGUUUAAGUUGAGCUUGACUAAUAUGUUUACUUAUAGAUAAGUUAAAAUAUUUAUACUUGGGUGAAAGAUAAGAAGGGUAACUCUAUUUUUCAAAAAUAGAAGUUCAAAACUGAUUUAGGGAGUUGCAACUUCGGAAGAUUAGGAUUAAAAGAGAGUUAAAUAGAUUAUCUCGGCAUUAAAGAUGGAUACUUAUGUCCCAAAACUAUCAAUUAUUAAAUUAAAGGAAGUUUUUCUGGGGAACAGUCAAAAUUUAUCUAACUGUCUGUCAGAGAUUGCAAUUAAACUUAUCUUGAUGAAGUUUAUAAUCACACCAAGAAAUGCAAAUCAAAAAAGGAGAUCGAGAAAGUAUCAUCAAAUCUUAAAUUGUACUUUGUUGUUGAAAACUCUUACUUUGAUGAGAAUGACUAUGGAAAAGAAUCAGUUAAAAAAUUCUUAAAACCAUAUUAUUUAACUUCAAAAAAUGGUACAAGUAAGUACUACUAUAUGCUUCUGAGUCAAAAUGAGAUCAUUAAAUAGGAUAAUCUGCUACUUGACGAGGUAGUUAAUGAUAAAUUUAUCGAAACUAAAAUAGAUUACAGCAUUGAUCAAGAACUAGAAUCUAUUGAUGCUUAUAAUAAUGCCUAUAUAGGAGUCUAUAUUUAGAUGGACGAUCAAGUAAAGACAGUGAAUAGGAAACUUAUGACUAUUUUAGAUGCAUUAGGGAAUACAGGAGGAUUCAUGAGUAUAAUAAUUGUUGUGGCCUAUGCUAUGAUAUAGUAUGUUUAGAAAACUUUGUAUUACACCUCGCUUGUCAAAAGUUUAUUUGUCUAUCAAGAAAAUUUUAGUGAUUAAGGAUCUUAGUCUUAUUCCUAAAUGAAUCAGUAGAAAGCUAAAGAUAGAGUCUUCACUAAAACAAAUUUUGAGGAAGAAAAUGUAUCUUUUGAGGAUAAGAUAGGAAAUAAUGAUAUAUAGAGCACAAUUUCAAAAGAACAUGGUCUCUUUUAGAAACUGUUUAAUUAGCUUAGCAAUAGGAAAAAACUUAAAUACACUUUGAUUGAUGCAUUUAAAUCGACUAUUAUACGCCUCAGAAUCUGCAAAAAGGCUAGUAAAGAAUAAGUUCAAAAAGAUGUCCUAUAUAAAAGAGGGAUUGAUAAAAUUGACCAUGAACUUGAUCUAAGAUAUAUAAUAAAACAGUUAAGAUCUUUAAGAUUCAUAAGCUAAGUCUUACUUAACAAGUAAUAAAGAUUCAUGCUGCCAUACUUUAAAGCUAAUUUACUCAAUGUCUAAAAUGCUCCAGAUAAGAAUGAUAAAGGUAAAAUUAAAUCAUACUUGCGGAAAACUAUUGAGAAUAAAGAACAUACCAAGAUUGAUAGGAGGAUACUGAAGUAUAUUGAUCUAUCAGACAAUGAUGAAUAACUAAAAGUCAAGACAUUAGGCAAAAUAUCUGAUAAAGCAAGUGGUGAAUUAGGUCAAGUUUGGAGUAGUCAAAUAAAUUUUGAGACUCCUUUAAAUAUUAGCAGCCAAUAAUUGCUAAAAAACUAAUUUAAUGUUCAAAAGAAUUCCUCUCAAAGUAUCAAAAGGAAUUUGAGUAAAUUGGAUGCAGUAAAAAAACAUAACUCUCCUAUUAAAGUAUUAAAUGAUAUAGAUGAAUUGAUAUUGGAUAUCGAGAAAGAUAAUCCUAAAUAUUUAAAAUAAAGUAAAGAGGAUAAUACUCUUUUAUGA